AUGGCAUGCUUAAACAAGCUCUCUCUAGUCAUACUUUCUGUUCUAGUCCUGACCGCAAGUCUUGCCUCGGCCACGCAAGACCCGGAGCUGAAGCAGUGCCGGCACCAGUGCAAGCACCAGCGAGGAUUCGAAGAAGAACAGAGGCAACAAUGCGAGCAAAGGUGUGAGGAAUACAUUAGAGAGAAGAAGCACCGCGAGAGAGAGGAAGAAGGGUAUUCCAGAAGAUCAAGGGAAAGCCGUGAAGAAGAAGAAGAAAAAGAAGAGAGUGGAGAGAGAAUAGAGCAGAAUAACCCUUAUCUGUUUGAAGCUGAGCAUUUCGACACCAGCGUUAGGACGGAGGAAGGCAGAGUUCAUAUCCUGAAGAAGUUCACAGAGAGGUCCAAGCUUCUCAAAGGCAUUGAGAAUUACCGGGUCGGGUUUCUCGAGGCCAAUCCUCAUGCAUUUGUAGCUCCUGUUCAUUUUGAUGCCGACGUUAUCUUCUUCGUUGCUAGUGGGAGACCAACUGUGACUCUGUUGAGGGAGGAGAAGAGAGAGACGUUCAAUCUUGAACGUGGAGACGUUGUGCACAUCCCAGCAGGCACGCCUGCCUAUAUUGUCAACCGAGACGAGAGGGAGAAGCUCUUUAUUGUCAAUCUAAUCAAUCCCGUCUAUCUCCCUGGAGAAUUUGAGUCAUUCCAUGGACCUGGCGGUGAAGACCCAGAAUCGUUUUACAAGGCCUUCAGCUGGAAGGUUCUCAAGGCCGCUUUCAAGAGGGAUAGAGAUGAGAUAGAGAGGCUAUUCGGACAGCAGAAGCGAGGCGGCAUCACCAAAGCCUCAAGAGAACAGGUUGAGGAGCUGAGCCGUCACGCAGAAGGCGGCGGCGGAGGCGGCCCAAUUUGGCCAUUCAAGGGUGAAACGAAGGGUCCUUUUAACUUAUUCCGCAAGCAUCCCGUUUCAUCCAACCGCUAUGGUAGCCUCUUUGAAGCCAACACUGAAGAUUGCAAAGAUCUUGAAGACCUCAACCUCAUGAUCUCCUUUGCUAACAUCACCAAAGGAGCUAUGAUUGCGCCAAACUACAACUCCAAGGCAACAAAGAUGUCAUUUGUAGUAGAUGGAGAAGGAUGGUUCGAGAUGGCUUGUCCUCACACCCCGUCGGAGCAGGGACGCCAACGCGGCGGUGGAAGCGCCUGGCAGGGAGAGAAGAGCGGCAAAAAAUUCAAGAGAAUAACCGGGCGGCUGAGACGCGGCAUGGUGUUCGUCGUCCCAGCCGGCCAUCCAGUCACUGCCAUUGCUUCUCAAAAUACCAACCUCCAGAUUUUGUGUUUUGAGGUCAACGCCAAGGGCAAUACUAGGUACCCUCUUGCAGGGAGGAAAAACAUUGUGAAUAAUAUGGAUAACGUGGCGAAGGAGUUGGCGUUUGGAGUGCCAGCAAGAGAAGUGGAGAGGAUCUUCAAGAGCCAGAAUGAGGAGUUCUUUUUCCCAGGCCCAACCCAACAAGAGGAAGGUGGCCACCGUGCGUAUAUGUAA